UAGUCCCUAAGGGGCGGGGUUUAGCCACAGGUGAGGUUCUUAUUGACAGCCUCCUCCACGCGAGCGCACACGCAGGUACAAAGCCCGCUCCUGUCUGAAGCUCCCUGAACCAUUCUCCAUUUUCUUUAUUUGUAGUUUGUUAAAACUUUCUCUGGUUGAAGGAAUCUUUUCAGUUACGCACCUGUUCCACUGAAAUGAAGCGGCUGAAAGAGUUCAGACAAACCUGCAGAUCAGCUUUUCUAACUGUUUUAUUUGUCUCUACACUUCAAGGUGCCAACUCCAAGCUUUUGAUUUCCUCCGUGAGUCCUGAUGUAGUCAAAGACUUAGCUGGCAACAAUGUGACUCUGGCGGUGUCCUUCACUGGUGCCUCCAACCCAACCCUUACCUGGUUCAGGGACGGAUUACCUGUGGUGACAUGGACGAUAAACUCUGUUUCUCCUCCUGACAUUGAUCCAAACAGCAAGGAUGUCCUUCAUGUAGAGAAAAACGGAUCUCUAACUUUUAUAAAAGUGCCAGUGAACUAUAGUAGUAACUACAGGGUGGAAAUGACCAAGUCUGGACUGGGUACAGACUCACAUCAGUUCACCUUACAGAUAUUUGAGAUGAUCCAGAGUGUGACUCUGAACACGCCGCCAAUUCGAGCCAAAGAAGGAAUAGACCAAUUCACCUUACAAUACAGCAUGCUGCGAGGAGUGAUCGAGCAGCAGACGUGGUUCUUUAACAGCAAAGUCUUAAAGAACAGCUCUCACUAUCUGGUGCAGGAAACGAGCCUUGUGAUCCUGGGACUAAACCGAAAUGACACUGGAUUAUACUCAGUGCGACUGACGAACCCCUUCAGUAACGUGACGGCUCAGAAAGAAGUGAUUGUGUUCUACGGACCAGAUGAGCCGAUCUUAAAGGCAACCCCAGAAAAAUCGUUUUAUGUAGCUGGAGACUCUGUGAGCCUGUCGUGUCAGUCUGAGGGAACCCCCCAGCUCACUGUUGAGUGGAUCUUCAAUGGUCAGAUACUCUCUAUGGAUUCCAACGGAGUCCUAGAUCUAAAAAACGUGCAGACCAACCAGGGAGGAGUUUAUACGUGCUCUCUGCUCAAUCCGAUGACCAAUGAAAAGCGGGAAAAGAAUGUCACUUUAAAUAUUUAUGAGAGGCCUCCAGGCAGCCCCGUGUGCUCCGUGCUGUCUGUGAAUAAUGACAGCCUGCUGUAUGAGUGUGACUGGAUGGGUGGAACACCUCCGGCCUCACUGUCCUUCCCAGCUCUGAGCAGUGCAAUCACAGGAGAAGGAAAUCUCAGCCUGACUUUUCCCGCUUCCACUAACCUCAAUGGGAAAACUGUCACCUGUCAGGCAGACCACCCAAUCCAGCAAAAUACCUGCAACAUCACAGCACGUAAUCCAAAAGUGUUUCUUCCAGAAGUGAGAGCCACUGUUGACGUGGACAGCAAAAUAGUGGUCAGUAUUCUGUGUGUGAGCGAGGCGUCCCCUCAGGCUGUGGUGUCGUGGUCCAACGACAGCGGGGCAAUCGCCAACGGGACCGCAUACCAGAUCAGCAGUGACACUACAGAGCUGAAAAUUCGGGAUAACAGCAUUAGUAACUUAAUUCUCCAAAACUUCACCUGUACGUGCAGGAACCCGCUGGGCAGCCAGACGAGACGAAUUCAAUUACAAGGGCCUUCGAUCUCAGAUUCCAGAGUGUUCCCUAAUCAAGAUGGAACCAUCAUCACUUUGACCUGGGAGGUCCCUCCUACAUCUGUGGUCACAGGGUUUGACAUCCAAAUGAAAGGAGCAAAUCUCAUAAUCAAAAAGGGAAAUACCUCUCAGGCUAAAAUCACCUUGGAUGGAUACCACACCAUUCAGCAGAAACCUGCCUCUGCCAGGAGCACUGACGUCUUUACUCUGGAUCCCAAGCAGACAUACCUGUUUCGGAUCAUCCCUAAAGCUCGACUGGCUGACGGAGUACCUUCUGUGGUUCACAGAAUUGGUCCACCUGACGGACUCAGUGGACCGGCCAUAGCUGGAAUCGCAGCAGGAAUCCCAUGCAGCAUUCUCGCCAUCAUCUUGGUGGGGGGGCUCAUUUUCCUCAUCAUCUACCUGAAAAGGAACAGAAGCCAUCAGACUAAAUAUCCAGUGCCGAGAACAACUGAGAAGGCAAUACCUCCAGCAAAAAUAAACCAUCCUGAAAUCAUUCCUCAUAAACCGCUGGCAGGGGGAUUAAAGUUUUUCCCAGACUACAACAGUUUACACCAGAGUCUGUCUGACAGAUCUGUGGCUCUGCCUGCGUUUGUCCCACCUCCUCCACAUGUCAGAGUUGCAACAACUGUUUAAAAUGUCACUUUUUGAUACAUUUUUUUUACUAUAUUCUUAUGUUUUAUGAUUUUUAAAAUUGCACUUAAUUUAUGUCUCAUGAAGACAGAGAAUGUAAGAUAAUCUAAAAGUGCUUUUGAAAUAAUAAGAAAUUGUUUUAUAAAAUAUAUAUAUAAAAAAAUCAAACUUUAAUGCAUUUUCAACUCAUUACAAACUUACUUCUGUAAGUUCCUACAGCUGGAGAAUGUCUGAGUGUUUGCAAGACUGAAGUAAGUUAAUAUUAUUCCACAAGUUAAAAUGUUUAAAAUAUUUCUUUGAUCACAUGGGAGUGUGAGUACACUUUGAUUUAUUGGAUUUUUUUGUUCAUUCUGUCUUAAAAAUGUAUGAAUAUGAUGGACAUUGCAGACCUUUCUCAUCUUUAUAUGUGGGUCAAAUUGCUGAAUGUGGGAUUAAAAUAAUGUUUCUGCCCUGCUCUAAAUCAAGAGGAGCUCAAAUAAAUGGUCAGACUAAAUACCAAAUUGUGUUUUAUAUCGUUAUU